GUAAACAUUGCACGAUUGGCUUCAUUUCUGUCGGAUGGUUUUGGGGUCGGCUGCGGCGGGACUGAGUAAGAAAAUAUUCGUAGAAUUUGCAGGCGAGGAAGAGUUGGGUAACCUCAGAAAGUGGAUCAAAGGCUCCUAAUGAUUAGAUUUAUCCUCACGGGAGUGAUGAACCCCAGGUAGGGGAGGGAACGAGGACCAGAGACGGAGGAAGCCGCUGUUCUAGGCACAGGAAUGGUACUCGUGCCCAGCCGGACCAAGACUGCGCCUUCAGGGAAAGAGUCGGGAUAACUGCUAGAGUAUCCCCUUCGUCGCGGUUAAGUACUCCUCGGACAUCUUGAGCGAUCCCUAGACUGCAAGCGGGAAAAGCCGUUUCCAGUACUCAAGCCAGUAACCAUGUCAGCUGCAGUUGUAGAUGCAGUUAAUGCUGCCCCCCCAUCGGGGUCUAAAGAAAUGAGUUUGGAGGAACCAAAGAAAAUGACCAGAGAGGACUGGAGAAAGAAGAAGGAGCUAGAAGAACAGCGAAAAUUGGGCAAUGCUCCUGCAGAAGUUGAUGAAGAAGGAAAAGACAUCAACCCUCAUAUUCCUCAGUAUAUUUCUUCAGUGCCAUGGUAUAUUGAUCCAUCAAAAAGACCUACUUUAAAGCACCAGAGACCACAACCAGAGAAACAAAAGCAGUACAGCUCAUCAGGAGAAUGGUACAAGAGGGGUGUAAAAGAGAAUUCCAUAAUUACAAAGUACCGCAAAGGAGCAUGUGAAAAUUGUGGGGCCAUGACACACAAAAAGAAAGACUGCUUUGAGAGACCUAGGCGAGUUGGAGCCAAAUUUACAGGUACUAAUAUAGCUCCAGAUGAACAUGUCCAACCUCAACUGAUGUUUGACUAUGAUGGGAAGAGGGAUCGGUGGAAUGGCUACAAUCCAGAAGAACACAUGAAAAUUGUGGAAGAAUAUGCCAAAGUGGAUCUGGUGAGCAAAAUGCCUGCUUUCCUGCUGCUGUCCUUAAAAAAUUGCAGCAAAAAAUACUGGAAGCAUGAGAAUAGAUUAGUAUGCAAAGCUUUUGGCUUUUUGAGGUCAGAAACUUAUGGCCCCAAGGCUAGUUCUCCAAAACACCAGUGGGGAGAAGAGGAACCAAAUUCUCAGACGGAAAAAGAUCAUAAUAGUGAAGAUGAGGAUGAAGAUAAAUAUGCAGAUGAUAUUGACAUGCCUGGACAGAAUUUUGACUCUAAGAGACGAAUUACUGUACGGAAUCUUAGGAUUCGAGAAGAUAUUGCAAAAUAUUUAAGGAAUUUAGAUCCAAAUUCUGCCUAUUAUGAUCCAAAAACUAGAGCGAUGAGAGAGAAUCCUUAUGCCAAUGCUGGAAAAAAUCCAGAUGAAGUGAGUUAUGCGGGAGAUAACUUCGUUAGAUACACAGGAGACACGAUUUCAAUGGCUCAGACACAGUUGUUUGCUUGGGAAGCUUAUGACAAGGGAUCUGAAGUACAUCUGCAGGCAGAUCCUACAAAGCUAGAGCUGUUAUAUAAGUCGUUCAAAGUCAAAAAAGAAGACUUCAAAGAACAGCAGAAGGAAAGCAUCCUGGAAAAGUAUGGUGGCCAAGAACAUUUGGAUGCCCCUCCACCUGAGUUGCUUUUAGCCCAGACUGAAGACUAUGUGGAGUACUCAAGACAUGGGACAGUCAUCAAAGGACAGGAGCGGGCUGUUGCCUGCUCUAAGUAUGAGGAGGAUGUGAAGAUCCACAAUCACACACAUAUCUGGGGAUCUUACUGGAAAGAAGGCCGAUGGGGAUACAAAUGCUGUCACUCUUUUUUUAAGUAUUCCUAUUGCACUGGAGAAGCUGGGAAGGAGAUUAUUAAUUCAGAGGAAAGUAUUAUAAAUGACAUAACUGGGGAAGAAUCUGUAAAAAAGCCUCAAACCCUCAUGGAGCUACAUCAGGAAAAACUAAAAGAGGAGAAGAAGAAGAAGAAGAAGAAAAAGAGGAAGCAUCGAAAGAGCAAUUCAGAUAGUGAUGAUGAAGAAAAGAAACAUGAAAAAUUGAAAAAGGCACUGAAUGCAGAGGAGGCCCGUCUUCUUCACGUCAAGGAGAUCAUGCAGAUUGAUGAGAGGAAGCGGCCUUACAAUAGCAUAUAUGAAACUCGGGAACCCACAGAAGAGGAAAUGGAGGCCUAUAGAAUGAAACGUCAGAGACCGGAUGACCCCAUGGCCUCUUUCCUUGGACAGUAGUUACUAGUCAUAGAAGAUCACCCAAGAUAAAUGCAACAAAUAAGUUCUUUUUGGCUUCUUGCUGAUGAUUGCAGAUAGAAAAGUCCUUGUCUACUUUUCUUGCUUCCUAACUUUAAUAAAUCUUUCAGAAGUCUUGUUGUAAAUUCAUUCCUCUCCACACUGCAGAAACA